UAAACAAAUAAUUAAAAGCGGGGAGAGUAAGAAAAAAAAUCAGCAGAUAGCUGGAAGCUGACGGAAGGCGGUCGUAGUAGAGAUCCUCGGAUGCUUUCAUCAUCUUCAUCGUUAUCAGAGAUCACACCAGUUUUCAACCUCGCCCGAGGUGAUGUUUCAUCCCUAAAUCUUAAAAAUCCUAGAAAAAUUUUCUCCGGUUAGACGGUUCAAAAAGAUUAAUUGUUUCUGUAGUAGUACCCCAACGCUCAAAUAAAAUUUUUGAAAAGAAAAAAUGUUGGUGGCUGCAAUUUGGGAAUAAAUUUUUGGCCUCUUGCUUGUGGAAAUAGUAUAUUAUAAGAAUCUUCAGAUGUGUUUUCUUCGUGUUGCAUGUGUUGCGUUCACGGAUUUUUGAGACAAUUUCUCUGCAGGGUGUUGCUCUGUAACUUCGUGUACGUGUCCAAGCAAAGGUGUCAAAUUUAAUUUGUGCGUGAUUUUCCCGCAAAUGCCGAGCAGUUUCUCUCAUCUGGUAGCUUAAUUUCGGUAUCGAAACGUAAUUAGUUCGGCUGCUUCGAUGGCUUCUUUCACGGACCAAAUGGAUGCUGAAGACUCAAGCCACAGCCUUUUGGAGAGAAGACAGUCGGAAAUGGGAAGCCACUACGUGUAUGAAUCUGGUGUGUACAUGUCAAUGUUCGCUGCAACUGUCUUUGUCGCUGCACUCGUGACCGUCGGUGUUCUGAUGCUUACCCUGCUGGUUGCUCUAUCUGUGAUGCUAAAUUCCUGUGAGAGUAGGAACUCUGGAGUCUUCAAGCACAUUAAAUCAAGUGAUGACGAGUUUGAUUACUGCAAACUUUUUGCUUUUCAUGCGGAGCUUAACAAGCUCGACGCAGACGAGCUCCCCAAAGUCUGCAAGGAUCUUCCUUUCAAAUACGGUAAUCCAGGCCAGUUUUUACGGGAACUGAGGCUGACAGUGCGGUUGGCAGAGAGUUACUUUGACGCUCUUAAAGCCAACGACGACCAUCUGGAUGUAGUAUUGAUGGAUGUAGAUGGCAUGUUCUUAUCGAACGUUACCAGACGCAGCAGCGACUCUCGGGAUAGGAAGAAGCACGUCGAACACGAAGAUCCUCCCUCCGAGCUUAUCCUGAGACUGUAUUCAAAACUUCAAGCUAGUGGUUGGCGUUUGGUUCUUUUUACGAGGAAGCACUCGGAUCACAGGAAUGAGACUGUGAAAAACCUUAUUUCGGCAGGUUACAGCGGCUGGUCUUCGUUGAUCAUGAGGUCGGACGAUGAACUUCUGAUGGAAAGUUGGGAGUAUAUCUCGGACAGAAUACUCCAGCUGCUCAAAGAAGGAUACCAGAUCGCUGGCAUUAUCAGCAGCCAGAUGGAUGCAUUCCGAGGUUCUUAUCUGGGAAGGCGCAAUUUCAAGCUUGCCAAUCCCGCUUACUACAAUCUAAAAGUUGAAGCAUAAUGAUUGUAGGGUUCGACUUGCAAAUACAUUUUCGUUCGGUACAUGGGCAUGCGCGGCUGAUGACCUUCAGCGCUCCAGGGUGCUUGUACUCUUAACUCGAGCUUUGAUUGAGAACUUCGAUUUGGCAUAGAAGCGAAAGAGAAAUGGACGUUCAUUUCGUUUUCUCGCGUGCAAGUGAGCAGCGAGGAAAGGGUAUACGAGGAGAAAAGAAUAUGAGAUUUGGAAGAAAUAUGCAUAUCUAUACUGUUCAUCCCCUUCACCCUUUCAAGUAAAAAAAAAAAAAAAAAACUCUUAUACAGCAACUCAAUCAGUACCUCUAAUCGGUAUCGAAAUGAAACACUACAUAAUUUCUUUC